ACUGCUACAAGAUGGCUGCCAAAGUAAAGUUGAACAGACUAGAAUCAGAAAUUGAGAAGUGCAGAGCUGAAAGGUCGUGGUUAAAGGCUCUGGAAAUAGCAAAACAACUUGCAAUUAAACAACAGCAUUUAGAUUUUUAUGUCAGUUUUGCAAGUGCUGAAAGCACCUUAGAAAAUUAUGUGAAAGACAGCAUACCUCUGGACAAGAAUCACAACAAAGCUUGUGAGCAACUCGUAGAUGUGGAGAAAAGUCUCUCCAAUGUAGCCAAUAGCAGCAAUAAACUUUCAUUUGAAGCCAAACUGUUACUUGCAAAGCUACAUUACUGUAAAGGUGCAUAUGAUGAGACCCUGAGACUCUACGAUGAGAUCAAUUUAGACAAUGUCCUUACACAGAACAUGUCUCCCCGAGUUCUCCAACUACUGGCAGAGUCCUUCUCCAUCAAAGGAGCUUGUUUGGAAUCUAAAGGCCCCAGUACCACCAGUAAGUUCAAGGUCGCUGAGCAGGAGAAACAGGUGCUGAAGUGCUAUGAUAUGGCAGGGGAUCUAGCUCUUCUCUACAUCCAAGAGAGGGAGAAAAUGGCUCAGAACAACUCAUCAGGGGACGAAGAAAUAGACAUUCUUACUGAAAAUGCCAUCAAACAGUCACCUCUGUUGUACAUCAAGAUGGGCAACAUCAAACAAGGAGUUGGGAGAUUUAGAGAACUGCUCAGGGUGGUUGAAUCUCGGUUCACUCAGAGUCUUCGACAGGCAUUAGCAAGGCAGCUAGCUGAAGUUUUGAUUAGAGGCAUGUGUGAGAAGACUUAUAUACCUAUAGAAACCUAUCAUUCCGACUCUAACAAUCUACCUCGCCCUCAGCCAAGGAAAUACUCAGGGGACAAUUUGUUUGUCCCAAGAGAACUUCAUGAAGAAGCAUUACUUCUCCUGCUAGUUGCGGAGGCCAUUGCGACAAGAGAAGCGGUGCUGAAUCGAUCAGUGGAGCACCAGGAAGACCGCCACAUCAGCUAUGAGAACACCACCGCGGUGUAUGACCUGUUGGCCAUUACACUGGUCCGGUGCACCCAGUUUCUCAAACUGUGUGAUUCUUUUGAGAAGGCCAUGAGAUUUUCAUUUGAAGAGUUCCACAUCUGGCAUCAGUUUGCUAAUGCACUUGUAUGUGCAGGAAAGUAUAGCAGAGCAUUACAUGUUCUGAAGGAGUGUUCCAGACUCAAACCCAGGAACACUGUGGUUCUGCUGCAGGCUGCCAAGCUGUGCUUUGAGUGUCUACAUCUAUAUAAUGAUGGGAUAAACUUAGUUCAGCAAGCGAUAGACAGCUGUUCUGAUAACCACCCCCUGAUGAGCAGAUUGUGUGUAGCUAUGGGCAUUGGUUACAGUCUGAAAGCCCAGAGCACCAAACUACAGGGAGAAAGAUACAGUCUGCAUAAAAAAGCACUGGACACGUUCAAAAGGGCCUAUGAACUGGACCCAAAUGACCACCUUGCUUUAUUUCACCUGGCGUUACAGCUGGCAAUACAAAGACAGAUAAGUGAGGCAGUCCGAUGUGUGAAGAUGUCACUGAGACACAAGAACAACUAUGUCCACUCCCUCCACCUCCUGGUUCUCCUUAUGACCUCCGAGAAGAAGUACGAGGAGGGCAUGACCUUGAUCAAGGCCGCCCUCCAGGAGUAUCCAGACAACCUCAGUCUGAUGCUGACGCGGACUAAGCUAGAGGAAGUGCUGCUGGGACCGGAGUAUGCCCUCAACACAUGUCGCCGCAUGCUGGAGCUCUGGAAGGAACUCUACGAGACAGACGUAGAUGACACUACUUCAGGGAGAAAAUACAGAACUUUGACAUCUAAUGACAGAUCAACAUUUGACAGGAGAAGUUUUGCUCAACUACAGUUAAAUGAGCUUAAUGACAGGGACACUGGGUCACUGCGUGCAGAGUCAGUGGCCGCCUCCAGGGUGGAGCAGACCCUCUCAGAGGUGGCAUCCUCCGCGGGAAGCAUCCUCCACUCUCGUCCAGGGUGUCAGGAAUCCUGGCUUCUCCAGGCCCAGAUCUGGCUUCAUCUCGCUGAACUGUACCUUAGUCUGGACAAGAUGACAGAAGCCGAGGGCUGUGUACAGGAGACAUCCUCCAUCUUCCCUCUCUCCCAUCAUGUCGCUUUUAUGAAAGGGCGAGUUUUUGAACACAAGCAUAAAUAUGAAGAGGCAAAGAGUUGCUAUGAGAACGCUUUGUCCAUAAAUCCUGCACACACAAAGUCUCUGCAACAUUUGGGCAUUGUAUUACAUGAGCAAGGGAACAACAAGAUGGCGGAGAAAGUUUUACGCGAAGCAGUAAAUGUAGAUCCCACAUCGCACCAGUCUUGGUUUCGCCUGGGUCUUGUCUUGGAGAGCCUUGGACAAUCAGAAGCCGCAAGCGAAUGUCACAUGACCUCUUUGGGCCUGGAAUCGACCAGUCCUAUUGUGCCAUUCUCUGUGAUUCCACACAUGCUGCAGUGACGAGUCUCCCAAAGUCUUUUAUUUCAUAGUGCAAUAAAUCUCCAUUGUGAUAUUUUUUUGAGUUUAUUGAACAUGAAGGAAAAUGGGUUUUUUUUCCUAGUCUGGAAUGUGACAAAUUUUUGAAUGAUGUAAUAUGGGAACAAAUUUUUGUUGAAAUGUGAUACUAGUAAUUGAUGAUGGAAUGUGAAUAGUGCAUGUCUUUAUAUGUGAUUCAGUUGGUCUGUGAGGUUUGUUCUUGUAUUUGUUUACUUAUUUUUAUUUUGUUUUAAGUACAUGUAUUAAUACAUGUAAUAUCAUCAAUUAUUUGCUACAGACAAAUCUCUGUAAAGUUUCAAUCUAUAUAUAGAGUGCUGUUUUCAUAAAAAGAAAAUAUCAAGAAAUAUUUCACAUAUCUACUUAAACAUUAAUAUACUGGUAUCUUUAGGUACAUGUCCCUGUUUCAUUUUAUAUGCAUGUUUUCUAGUUUUGUUUGAAUACAAAUCUCCAUUCAGACACUAAAUAGAAAUCUACUCAAGGCAUUACUGCAUAACAUAUCUACAUGUACUGAGCUUGGUUAUUAUAGAAAGUGCUACAUGUAUUAAUUCUUGUGCAGUUACCGUACGUUUUGCUAUUGAUAACUGAUGAUAGUAUAUUUUUCGAUUUUAUUUAUUAUGUGACCACCAUUUUUAUUUAUCUGUUUUAUUCACAUUCUGCUGGCAAUAGUCAAUGUUCACUUCUUGGGUAUAAUCCAAGAUGAAUUGCCUUGAUUGCUUCUUGUUAAUCUUAAUGCAUAAUAUGAAUACUGUAAUAAGUCCAGGUGAUAGAGCAAAUGAUCAGUAACUUUUCCUUCUUUAGACCGAUUAAUUUCUAAAAUUGUUAGGGUCCCUGUAAAUGAAGAAAAAAUGUUUUAUGCUUCAUAGUCUUAGAGAGCGCAAAUAGUUUUUGUUUUAUGCCCAAUGUUAUUAGAUGAUAUUACCUGCAAUCCUUUAUUACGGAUACUUUUAGGGUAAACUUUUUGUAAAAUUUUACUGACAAGGGUGUACAGGAUUUUAUCAUUCUGACUUCGAGAUCAGAGAUAUCCAUUUAUGUUCAUCACACAUUUUUUUAUUUUUUCCCCUUAUUGUUUAUUUCUACCCCAGUACAAGGAGCACAGAUCAGUUGUAGUAUAUUUUGAUAAGUUACAAGUGUGGUACAUGUAUUUUAUGUAUGUCUACAGUAAUGUAAUUCUCAAAUUUUUUUUCAGAUGUGUUUGUACCUUGUCUUAACAUCAUCUGGCCCCGGGGCCAUAAAACUUAGAUUAGCUCACUUUUGAUCUAAGUCUCACUUUUCUACUAUACAGUAGUUGGCCAUAAGUAUGUUCCCAAAAUGUAUAUUCCUUGUGGAAAAGAAAGGCUGAGAUCAAAAGUGAGCUUGUCUAAGUUUUAUGGCCGCGGGGCCUGUUCUUUUGUCUUUGUAUCGACCUUGUCUCCACCCGCUGUGUACUGAGAAAUGCAAUACAAGAACCAUUCCACUAUCACUUUAUAUGUAUGCAAAUGCUGUGUAAAGUUUAUAUUAGUAAAACUGAUUAUCAGCUACGAAAAAAUGUGAUAGAAUUCUGGGCAUUUUCCUACAAUUCUUCUGUUUUUU